AUGAAGAUGAGGAUCACAGCCUACUGGACCAUCGUGGUACGAAGGAUUGUUGAUAGCGUUGCACUUUACCUUCAGUUCACUGUGAAGAAUCUUGUCAACACUCAGUUUCAGAAGGAGAUUGUUGGGGAAUUGGGUGGAGGUGAGGUUGAGAAGAUGCUUAUCGAUGAGUCUCCAUCGGUGGCGAGUAUAUAG